AUUGCUGACAAAGUAACAUCUACAACUCACUUUUUUCCUUCCUCGUCCUCCUCUCCCAAAUCCAGAUUGCAAACCUCCUCUCAUCAAGCAGCCACGAAAUACAGAUUCAACCGCCUCUCCACAAGAAUGUCUGAAAGCGCCCCCGCGCGGCAACCCCGCGAUCAAAUAGUGGGCGCAGCAACCGGUCCAGAAAAGCCGUAUCCGCUGCGCAUGGAAGGUGAAGUGAUAGCAGGAUUCGGACGGGGCUCAAAGGAUGUAUGUAUUCCAAAGAUCUCAUUAUGUGGAUCCCAGAGGCGUUCUGAAAAGUCCAAAGACGCCGCGGGAAAGAGUAUAGGAAUAGUAGCUAAUGAUUCCACCAGCUAGGAAUACCAACCGCCAACCUCCCCGUCGCAUCUGAAUCUUCCGACCCAACAAACUGGAUACACACUUCCCGAUCGGGGGUCUACUUUGGCUGGGCCUCGAUCCGCUUCCCGCCCACUCACACCGACCUCUCUCUCCCACCUUCUCUGCCCAGCUUCGCGCAGUCGCCUCCUCUCUCAGACCUCAAAAUUCCCUCCUACGACCAAAAAUCAGACUCCACGUGGAGGAUAUAUCCAAUGGUCAUGUCCAUGGGUUUCAAUCCAUUCUACAAGAACACGGUCAGGAGUGCGGAGGUGUAUAUCAUGAAUCAGUUUGAAAAGGACUUCUAUGGUGCUUGGAUGAGGAUCUCGAUUUUGGGAUUCAUUCGACCCGAGCUGGAUUAUGUGGAUCGCGAGAGUUUGAUUAGGGAUAUUCAUACUGAUGUUGAUGUUGCGCUGAAGAGUUUGGGGAGGGAGGGGUGGUGGGUUGGGGGAGAGGAGAGGACGUGGCUUGGUGGGGAGGGGUGGGUUGAGAAGAAGGAAGGGAUAGAGGGGGAGAAGGGGAAUUGA